AUGAUGGACGUUGGCGAAAAGCUUCAAGCAAGCCAAAUAAACUUGAUUGAAGAUCAAGAAGAAAUUCCAACUUUCACUGGGAUCUUUGAGCCCCGAUUUGAUGACAAUUAUACGGAAGAUGAUGGUCAACACAACAACCGUCCUCGUCGUGCGCCUACACCUAAUACAUUUGAAGACAUCACCCCAAUCAGCCCUCAUGCGAGCCAGAAUCCCACAGCCGAGCCGGCUUCUGCCAUUAGUACAUCUGCCAUUAGUACAAUUAAAAAACCGGCUCGAUACCUAUCCAAUACUCAUCCAGCUCGUCGAACCAAGAAAUCCUCAAAUGCCAGCAGAGUGAAUGCUCUAACUGACCAGGAGCGAGCUCUUGAUUCGAGCUCUGAUGACGAUGCGGUGACGACUACAACUGCGGUGACCCAAGUGCCCUCUGGCCGUGCUUUGUACCAAUCCAUUACUUAUUGA